UGGCCGCAGUCGAGUUGUCAUACGAAACUGCAGACGCCCAGUUACAUAGGAAUGGCAGAUAAAGGAAUGAUGUUUAGUCUAAGCGUGUCUGGAAUGUGGCGUGGGGGCUUAUACUCGGUCGUCACUUACUGCUUGUCUGAAAGUUCCCUGUAGCUGGGCGCUCUGCGUGCUUAUUUGCUGAAGCUGGGAGGGGUGCCGGGGGCCUCGCGCUGAUGGGGAGCAGCUGCUGGGCCCGGCGAGGUGCCGCUGCGUCCCGGAAGCCUGCGAGGAAGAUGUUACCCAGUACUUCCGUGCAUGCGUCCGCGCACGGGAACGGGGUCCUGAGUUCCCGGGAUGCAGCGAGACACACGGCUGGAGCAAAGCGCUACAAGUACCUGCGCCGGCUUUUCCGUUUCCGGCAGAUGGACUUCGAGUUUGCCGCCUGGCAGAUGCUCUACUUGUUCACGUCCCCGCAGAGGGUUUAUAGAAACUUCCACUACCGGAAGCAGACGAAGGACCAGUGGGCCAGAGAUGACCCAGCUUUCUUGGUCCUGUUGAGUGUCUGGCUCUGCGUUUCCACUAUAGGAUUUGGCUUUGUCCUGGACAUGGGAUUUUUUGAGACAAUAAAGCUUCUCCUGUGGGUUGUAUUCAUAGAUUGUGUAGGCGUCGGUCUGCUGAUAUCAACUUUAAUGUGGUUCAUCUCUAAUAAGUACUUGGUGAAACGACAGAGCCGGGACUACGAUGUGGAGUGGGGCUACGCCUUUGAUGUGCAUCUGAACGCUUUUUAUCCUCUGUUAGUCAUUUUGCAUUUUAUCCAGCUUUUUUUCAUCAACCAUGUUAUCCUUACAGACACAUUUAUUGGAUAUUUAGUUGGAAAUACCUUAUGGUUGAUUGCGGUUGGCUAUUAUAUCUAUGUAACCUUCCUAGGUUAUAGUGCACUGCCAUUUUUGAAAAGUACGGUAAUUCUUCUCUACCCAUUUGCACCUCUCAUUCUGCUCUACGGGCUGUCUCUAGCACUAGGAUGGAACUUCACCCACACUCUCUGUUCUUUCUACAAGUACCGAGUGAAAUGAAAAGAGUGACAAUAUUCCAGCUUAACUGUGGCAACAGUAUUGGUAUAGUGAUGAUUUCUUGUAAAACUUGUAAAUAAUCUCUGUAGAUAUCUUAAAAGGUGUAAAGUUUACAAAUAUGCUAACACUAUUGUUAAGUACAUUCCUUAAGACUAAUUAAAUGUACAUUUCUAUAAUAAAUAUUUUUUAAACUAAAGCAUGCAUGUUAAUCUAUGUGCUCAUUCACACAGAUACUAGGGAAAACAGAAAUGUGAAAUUUUAAAAUGAAUUACUUUUGGAAAAUAGCCCCGUUGUCUCUGGUCUACCUCAUUUCUAAUGAGCUCUACUGUAAACACUGAUAGAGGCCACAUGAUUUUGCCUGAAAGAAAACAGGAAUCACUGUACUGUACUACCGGCUCUAAACAGUAAGACUUACCCAAAUAAAGUAAACAUUGAUAAACUUCCAUUGAAUAUGAUUUUUAAAACUUCUUUAUUUCAAAUACAGAUGAAUGGUUGUGGCACAGAGAAACAGUGAUGAAAGGCACAGUCGACAGGACCAGUUAUUGGGUUUUCAAUUAUAGCAGCAAACUUGAAAAUAAAUAAUCUUCCUUUAAAAAUCCAACAGGUACCUAAAUAUUACUACAAAUAUUAACCAUUCAACCAGUGAAGAUAUUUCAAGGAAAAUAUGUACAAUACAUUUAAGGAAAAACAUCUGGUACAACCUGGCCAAGAGAUUCCUCAGGCAGCUUUUGAAGGAAUGCCUCCAGAAACCCCAAAUGCCGUGACAGCCUUUCCAAAGAAGUGUUGUUUUUGAUUCCACAAAUGAAACACACUUUUAAACCUAGCUGAUUUCUAAAGCUUUCUUGGAAACAUUGUAUCUACACUGAGAUGAAGGGUAUCAAAUCUGCUGGCAGUGCGUCUUACAGUACUGUCGAUGUCAACCCGAUUUAAGGCUCAGAGAAUAGGUCUUCAGAAAGUGUGUUCACCACAUUGAAGCAAACACAGCAUUUCAAAUAAAUAAUGGAAUGCUAAUCAAGCUACAGUACCAAACCUUUGAUCUAAGACAUCUUGCUUAUUAACACAAUAAAACUAGGGGCAAGUGAUACAUAAAAUUCCCUAAUGUCCACGGUAUUAAAAUAUUCUCCACAGCAAACAAUCCUUAUUUUAGAACAGUUUUAGCACCACUGUGUUUUUGCACUGCAUUUACUUUAUCGAAGUGUCAGCUCAGCCCACACAUGCAUUGGGGUGCUAGCCCUCUUUCAUGUUUGUUCUUUAACAGUAUUCUAGGUAAGUACCCAAGCUGGUGAAAUGAGUGUUCUGGGUAAGAAGGGAAGAAUUUAUGAUAUAGCUACUGAUACAGACAUGUAUAACAAAAUCCUCCAUUUGGUUGCCUUUUUAAAAUAAUACUCUGGUAGUAGUCUUUUUAGCAGUGUUCACAUGCAUUAAUGAAGUAAACAUACUAAUUAUCAUAGCAUGAGUCUGUUAAUAUCAGUUUAAAAAUUCACAAUUAUCAAACUAAAUUUUACACACUAUAAAUACUGUUACAUGGUUUGGAAAAUUUUCCUUCUAUAGAGAUUGGAGUUGCCUGGAUAUCUAAGUUCCCUAAACACAGUAUGCUAUGACUCGGAUUUCUGAUCACUGACAGGCUUUAGCAUAAUUCCCUUUCCUUAGGCUGCUUGUCCUACAUCAGGGCUAUGGCAGUACAAUAAAAACAAAACAA